GCCAGAUCAGUGACUCUUGAAGGUAUUGAAAAUCUGAAGACUAACAUAGCCGUGAUUCAGUGCAACCUUGAGAAGAUAUUUCCUCCCUCAUUUUUUGAUGUUAUGGAGCAUCUUGUUAUUCACCUGGCAAGAGAAUUGGAACUUGGUGGUCCUGUGCAGUAUAGAUGGAUGUAUCUGUAUGAGCAUCUUGUAAUAGGUGUCUGCUGGUUUGGCCAGAGGUGAAACAUUUGACGAUUGGAUACGCGAGAUGGUGGUUGGACCAAACUAUGUUGUGAAGUCAUAUCCGAGAUUUUGUACUCGAGGAUAUGCAUUCACAACUGAAAAGACGAAACGUUCGCGUACGACCUAUGAUGCUGGCGUUUGUUCUGCAUCGGGAGAUGAUGUAUACUACGGACACAUACAUGAGAUUUUGGAAAUCAAGUAUUUAGGCCUGCUUGGAUUGCGCUGUACUGUUUUCUAUUGUGAUUGGCACGACAUCACUCCAGAUCGAGGUGUGAGAACAGAUGCAUUUGGUGUUACAUCAGUUAAUUCGAGACGAAAGCUGCAAUAUUAUGAUCCUUUCAUUCUUGCUUCUCAGGCCGAUCAGGUUUGUUAUAUCAAGUACCCCCGGAUAAGGAACAGAGAUGAUCCAUGGGUUACUGUUACCAGACUCAACCCGAGAGGCCGAGUUCAGGGGAGUUCUGAGCUGGAAGACCCACUACAACCAAUCACAUCCAGUAACUUAAGUGCAGAAGAAGACGUAGCAGGAGUUGGCCUUGUAGUAGAUUUCACCGACUUCGCAGAGGAAGCCGUCGUUCACGCACAGGAUGAACCAGUUAUUGGAGAGUUUCACCAAGAUCCAGAUUCAGAUUCAUCUGCUGAUGAUGAGUCGGAAUCAGAGUAGUUUUUUUUUUUUUUUUUUUUUUACUAAUUUCGAGGAAAUUUCGAGGGAAGUUAGGGUUUCCUCGAAAUUUCCUCGGAAUUACCCUUAACGGUUUAGGGGUUUGAUAAAAAUUACCUAGAUCCUCGAAAUUUCCUCGAAAUAUUCCGAGGAAAUUUCGACGACAAAGAUAAUUUUAGGAGUUUGAUUUAAAACACCUUUUUUCGUCGAAAUACCCUCGAAAUUUUUUGGUGUUCCUCGAAAUUCCGUCGAAAUAUUUCGAGGGAAUUUCGAGGACCUAGCCAAUUUUUUGGUGUUCCUCGAAAUUCCGUCGAAAUAUUUCGACGGAAUUUCGAGGAACAGGGGGUUUUAAACCGAAAACAACGUUUUGCGGAUUGAAUAACACGUAUAUAACCUUCAUUAAGUGUCUUAGCCAGAUUAUAAAGUCCAACUUUAGGGUUUUAACCCGAAAACAAUGUUUUGCGGAUUGAGACGAAAACCACACAACAUAAGAUAAACACUUAUACGUUUUAAUAAACGUUAAAGGAAAUACUUACAAUAAUUUUUGUAAUUGUGUUAUUUCAUUAUUUAUGAUCAUCUAUACAAAGAAACCUCAUUAUUAUGAAUUACAUUCGUAUAAGAAAUGACAUAGGGAAAAAAAUCGAUGUUUUCAAAACCCCAAACCCUAUUUCCUCGAAAUUUCCUCACAAUAUUGUGAGGAAAUUUCGAGGAAUGGUUUCCUCGGACUGUUUUUCAUUAACCAGGAAA